AUGUCGGAAGAGGUGAUUGUCAUUGCCAAGUUUGAUUACAUGGCCCAGCAAGACCAGGAGCUAGAUAUCAAGAAGAACGAGCGCCUGUGGCUCCUCGACGACUCCAAGUCUUGGUGGAGGGUCCGGAACGCCACUAACAAAACGGGGUUCGUGCCAUCCAAUUAUGUGGAGAGAAAAAACAGCGCCAGGAAGGCUUCCAUUGUCAAGAACCUCAAGGACACGCUGGGAAUUGGGAAGGUAAAGAGCAGGAAGGGGGGCAUGAGGGACACGGCCUCCAACGCCGACGCCGACAUGUACGCAGACAACGGUGAACGGCUGUACGACCUGAAUCUGCCCGCGCUGGUCAAAUUCAGCUACAGCGCAGAGCGUGAGGACGAGCUCUCUUUGGUGAAAGGCACUCGCGUGGUAGUGAUGGAGAAGUGCAGCGACGGUUGGUGGCGCGGCAGCUACAACGGACGCUCCGGCUGGUUCCCAUCCAACUACGUGACGGAGGAUGUGGACGGGACGGCGGGCGGAGUGGGGCCGGGCGGCCUCGGGGACCCGUCGGGAUCGCUCAGGGAGAAGCUGGCGGCCGUGGUCAACAGCACGGCCAACGGGAACAGAGUGCUGCACACGGUGCAGGCGCUCUACCCCUUCAGCUCGGACAACGACGAGGAGCUGAACUUUGAGAAGGGCGAAGUGAUGGAGGUGGUGGAGAAGCCCGAGAACGACCCGGAGUGGUGGAAGUGUCGCAAGGCAGACGGCCAGCUCGGCCUGGUGCCCAAGAACUACGUGACGGUGCUGGACACGGCCUCCCACAAAACCACCGCGGGGCCCGCCGGACCGCCCACACCCGACUGUGAUUACAUCUCGCCGUCUGGCAGCGGACGAUUUGCAGGCAAGGAGUGGUACUACGGGAAGGUGACUCGCCACCAGGCGGAGGUUGCGCUCAACCAGCGAGGGACCGAGGGAGACUUCCUGAUUCGAGACAGCGAAUCAUCGCCAAACGACUUCUCCAUCUCGCUGAAAGCCCAAAGCAAGAACAAGCAUUUCAAGGUGCAGCUGAAGGAGAGCCUCUACUGCAUUGGACAGCGCAAGUUCAACUCCAUGGAGGAGCUUGUGGAACACUACAAAAAGGCGCCCAUCUUCACCAGCGAGCAGGGCGACAAACUCUACUUGGUCAAGGCCCUGUCCGCGUCCUGAUCCCUCCACCCUUUUUCCAGCACCCAAAAACGCAAUAUCAUGUCCACACACACACACACACACACACCACACACACACACACACACACACUUGUAAAUGACACACACAAAAGACACUAUACAGACAAGAACACUCACUAACAUCGAGCCUGAAAAAGACUUUACACCUCAUCAGGUCUUCUCAUGCCUGGUAGAGCAUUCCAAGUGGAGGAUGGGGAAAAAAGGAAGAAUGUUGGGAGUGUUGGGAGACAGAAAAAAGAAAAAAAAAAAAGACUAAAGACUCCUGAGAGCGGACGAUGGACCUCUUGGACACUUAUUUAUGAUGUGAUCCAGAUGUGUUUGCUGGCAGUUGUGUAUUUCCACCUCCAUAGCGUAGUUGCAUUUAGUUUGUCAAAAAUAUAUAUAAUCCUUUUAACAGUUGUUUUAAAAUGAUUUUUUUUUUUUUAAAUAGAGCCCCUCCAAAUUAAGCCUUUUUUUUUCCCCACCCCAGAUCCCGAUCCCGAGUUCUACAUGUGAACCGGAUACCUUUGAUAGUUAAGCGACCAAAAUAUAUUUAUUGAUUCAGUUGGUUGUGGAAAUUAUGUACAUUUUUUGUUUUGUUUUGUUGGGGGGGUGAUUGCAGAAAGAAGGGACCAGGCACCAAGGGUGGGGGAAACUGCGUUUUUAUUCAGCCCCACAUUCAAGUCACAUCAUCAAAUGAACUAUUAGCGGCAAAGCCCAGACACAAGCCACAAAUACUAAUUAAAAUUUUUCGGCUGAUAAUUGUUUUGCAUGUUUUUUCAUGCUUUAAAGAGAAUGUGUUGUGUAUUCCAACCCCCACCCACUCAUCCAGAUUGUCAAAAUUGCAGCUGUCUGUUUUUCUUUGAAAUGAUAGCAGGAGCAGAUGGUUUCGCAUGGUAGUGCCUCUUUAUGAAGGUGUUGCUGAAAAUUGCUUGAAAGUGGCUCUGGAUGUUUGCCCACUCUCAUAGUUGCUAAUUUCAUCGGCGGAGAGUUGAUCAUCAUGUACAUUCGCCCACACGUAUUCAUAAAUGGAUAAAAACACUUGCUUCACACUUAUGCGGGUGGGCAGACUAUUAAAGAGUACAUUUUCUGUUCUCGUUUUUAAUUUGGCCAUGGAUUGGUGUUAUAAAUUGUUUCUCACCGCUGUUCUGAUGAAUGCUAUGCAAAACAUAGCAUCGGGAGCCAUUGUCGUUGGGGCGUGUGAAGAAGAAGGUCAAGAAGACAUCAUGGGACACUUUCUCUCGAGGAAGUGAGCACGGCGGGAAGGCACGAAAGGGGCCUUCAAAACACCCGCCCGCCAUCUCGUGGAGCCGCAGGGGAGUCCAAAACGUAAUCUUAACACGCUUCAAUUAAUACGGCGGCAAGCAAAAGAGGAGGUGAGGUCACUGAAAGUGGCACAUAUGCCGGGUGUACGUUACAAGUGGGAGAUUUCCAUCUCGAGUUGGCCGUUAUUUGUCGUUUUGUCAAAUAGAAAGUCUUGUCGGUGAUCCAGAUUGAGCGCAGCACAUCUGAUUCACUUCGAUGAUGACUUGCCCAUCUGGAGUGUGAGGGGGGGGUGCAAUGAGUGGGGGGGAGGGUGAUCAAGGGCAGUUGAGAACGGGUUCCCAUGUAGUUGGAACAUCUGGAAUUCCGCUCAUCGUACCCGUUUUGGGCGGGAAACGGAGCUGCAAUCUCUCCGUUGUCUAGGUGUGCGUCAUCGAUCAAGAGCCGAGCGAGUUCUCCACUUUUAGACAAAUGACGAUCUGAUCCGACUCGCGUUCCAGGAUGAAAUGUCUUGAAGGUUUUUGUCUGUUAAACGCCUUUUUCUCUCCAAAAGAAAAAACAAGUUCCUCACAGGAUUCGUGUUACAUUGCGUGUUGUCAUUAUUGGUCCUUAUGUCAUGACAUUUCUGAGUCUUGUGAAAUUUCCCCUCUUGCGUCCACGCUGUGAU